AUGCAAGAUCCAGGAAGGGUAAGAAAACUUGCACAACUCUUCGAAAAUAAUGGAAGUUUACCUACUUCUUAUGAUGAUUCAAAUAUAAACUAUUCUAACGAGAGACACCAUCAAAAUAGAGAACGUUCAUUAAAUAGAGAACAAAAUUUUCAAAAUAAAUGGUCAUCAUCAAAUGUUGAUGUUGCUAGUAACACUUUUAGUAGAUAUGAACCAAAUAGAAUGGAACAAUAUGAAAGUAGUCAUGGAAGAAGUGAAGGAAAUAUACCAUCAGUAUAUAUUAAUGAAGCAUAUGGUAUAAAUCCAAAUAUACCUCAAAAUAAUGAAAAUAUAACCUAUAAAAAAAAGGUUCCGUAUUUAGGUAAAUCAUUUGAGGAUUUUCAAAAAAAUUUAGGACUCAGCAUGAGUAAUUUUAGUGAUUACGAGUUUGAUGAAGAUGAUGAUAUGAAUAGAAUUUCAAUGGCUAAUAAAGAUAUAUACAGAAAUGCUCCAUUUGUAGGAAACAAUGAACAUAAUUCAAAUAUGAAUCCAAGAAAUCCCGAAGAAGGUUCCCGAAGUUCAAAUAUAUACAAUGAACCAUACAACAGACAUGAAUCAACUUAUUCACCUAAUGAACCUUCAUAUGAACAUGAAGAGCAAGCACAUUCUUCAAAACAUUCUGAAUCUCUAUAUGGUCCAAGAGGCAGAUCUUCAAAUCAUAGAAAUGAGAAUAUAUAUGAAGAACCACAUAAUUCAUCUAGUUCUGAUGAUAAUAUUUAUGAUGAGGUAGUUCUUAAAAGACCCCAAGAUAAUUUUAAAGAUAAAUCUGUUGUAAUUGUUAAAUCAGAAUAUGAUAUUCCUGCUGAUAUUAGUACCAGUCCAUAUAAUGAAAAUUCAAGUGCAAAUAAUGAAAGGAAUAGUUACAGAGAAAGACAACCUUCAAUUUCUUCCAGUGAUUUGGAUUCAUCGAAUCAUCAAGGGCAUAAUGAAUAUAAUGAAAAUCCAAGAAAUAAUGAUCAAUAUAGGGACUAUUCAGAGGAUGGACGAAGUAAAAAAGGCUUUUUUAAUUUUUUUAGAAGAAAUAAAAAAGACAAUUCUAGGGAAGGCAUGAACAAAUAUGAAGAUAUUUCUAGGAAAAUGCAUGGUAAACCAAGUAGAAGAUAUGCAAAAGAAACUAAUUUACUUGAAUUACGAAUGUUUAAUGAAUAUCAAAACAGUCUUUUUUUAAAUAGAAUUCCUGUUGUUUCUCAUAGUCGUAUAAAAAAAAUGUUUAAAAAAAGCAGUCAUGUGUCAGUUAUGCGUGAAUUAGAAUUAAUUACAGGACAAUGCUUAGCAAAAAGUAUGAGUACGCUAACUAAUGAUAUUAUGAUGACACAUUUAUGCUUUAGAAAUUUAGAAAUGUUAAAAAAUUAUAAAGAGGUAAUUGUAAAUAAAAAGGUUGUUCAUAAAUUCAGCAAUAAGUUUUACAUAGAUAUAAGCCCGAUGAUUUAUGAAGCAGAUAGAACCUUAUAUCCUAUUGUAAAUUUAUUGCCUAAUAUUUACGCUUUAAAUAUGACUGAAUUUAUUUUAACAAGCCCAAACUUAAGCAUAAAAUUUAAACAAGAACUUAAAAAAGGAAAAGAAAAAUACCUCAUAAAUGAAGUAGAUAUUAUUUUACUACUUUCGAAUUCAUAUUUUAAAGUAAUAAAUAAAAACUUGGUUAAUCAUAUAUUUAAAUUUAUUGAAACUAACAGUGAAGUUCAUCUUAUCCAUUAUUACCUUGGAGUUUUGAUGUCAUUUGCCCCAUUUAUUAAGCCAGCAAUUAAAAUAUAUUUUGAUAAUUAUUCUAUAUUGAAUAGUGAAUUAAUAAGAAACCAUGUUAAAAAUAUCAUCAAGGAAUUAUUAAAAAUAGCUAACAAAUGGAUGGGAGCAUUUCAAGGAAGGUAUACAGAACAAAAUUUUAGUACGAAUGCUAAAGUACUACAAGUUCUUUUAAAUUUUUCUAAUAAAAGGAAAAUAUAUAAAAAUGAAAAUUUCAAAUCUCUGGAAAAUAUUUUAUAUCAAGAAAAAAUACUCAAAGAUAGUAUAAGAGAAUAUAAUGAGAGAAACGCAAUUGUAAAUAGAUAUAUUAUGAUGUAUGUGAGAAAUAUAUAUGAUAUCUUUGUAGCUAAUAGAAUGAGAUGA